ACAUUUCAGUCUAUAUAUAUGCAAAUUAAACUUGCAAUUGGAACAUAUUAUGAAGCGAUUACCCAAGAUAACGUACUUCAACCUCUCCAAAGAUUAAGUUUAUUUUCUCAUACCUACUUGUAAGAGAUCGAAAAUGGAGGCCGAGCUUAGUGGUUCUUCAAUCUAUAAUAAUGAUCAAGAGGAGCUUUUGAAAUCAGCCAAAGCAAAGAUGGGAGAAGUAAAGGAGGAAAAUGAAAGGCUAAAGAGGCUAUUAACGAAAAUUGUGAAGGAAUAUCAAUCUCUAGAGAAGAAAAUUUCGUCGAUGGAUCAAUCUAAACAAUCAAUAGAAACGAAGUCAUCGAGCAACAACAACAAUGAAGAUGAUGAUCAAAACCAAGAGCCUGAGAUGGUUUCUCUAACUCUUGGUAGUUGGAGCUCUAACAAGAAACAUAGUCAUGAUAACAACAAUAAGAAACAAGAAAGUGAUGAUUCUUUGAAUAAAAGAAGAAAGGUAGAAGCCGGAGGGUUAGAGCUAGGUCUAGAUUAUCGUAAGAUUCAGCAUAACUCUACGGCUAGUGCUACUGAUUCGAUCAAGUAUUCGAGUUUGGAGAACUCGAACAAAGAGUCUAAGGAAGAUGAAAACGUCGAUACAUGGGCAUCUAGCCAUCAAGUUGAUCUUAAGGCAAAAGAGAACACAAAUUCUAAUAAAGAAGUGGAUGAUCAAGAGAGCUUGCAUCAACCACAAGUGAAGAAAACUAGGGUUUGCAUUAGAUCAAGAUGUGACUCUCCCACGAUUCAUGACGGAUGCCACUGGAGGAAGUAUGGGCAGAAAAUCGCAAAAGGAAAUCCUUGUCCUCGAGCAUACUAUCGAUGCACAGUUUCUCCGAAUUGUCCAGUUAGAAAACAGGUACAAAGAUGUCCACAUGACAUGUCAAUCUUGAUCACAACCUAUGAAGGAACUCACAACCACCCACUCCCUCUCUCCGCCACGGCCAUGGCUUCGGCCACCUCGGCUGCCGCCUCCAUGAUAAAGUCCAACUCCUUAACCUCUCAAACUCCAACCCUCACAAACCCUAGCCUAACCACUUCAUCUCUAGGACUACAUUCCACAAACUUCAUGACCACUUUUCACAAUAAUCCUUCCUUAAUCUCAGCCUCAUGUCACAACUCACACCCUACGGUUACCUUAGACCUCACGGUCCCGAACUCCGGCUUCUCCUCCUUUGAUUGGUUAUCCUCAUCCUCAUUAUAUUCUUCUUCUAACUCAGCUAGAAACUCUAGCUUCCUUAACUUUUCGUCGUCGCCAGCUUCAUCAUCAUCACUCCCUUCAUUAGACUUUACUACUUCAUUACCAACUAGUACUACUUGGGCUAAUGGCUAUUUGUUACCCUACACUAAUAAUAAUAAUAAUAAUACAAGAAAUAAUAAUAUUUUCCAAAACCCUAGUAAUAAUAAUGCUCAACAGUCUUUGAAUGAGACAAUAGCUGCCGUAGCUACUAAGGCAAUUGCAUCAAACCCUAAUUUCCAGUCAGUUUUGGCAGCAGCAAUCUCAUCUUAUGUUGGAAAUAAGGCUAACAAUGACCAGAAAACGGCGUCGUUCCCUUCGGGUGGAUCGGAAAGUGGCCGGAGCUUGGCAUUGUUCCCUACUUCAUUGCCCUUAUCGACGUCGAAAAGCAAUAAUGCUUCAGUAGGUGCAGAUGCAAGGGAUCAUAUUGGGUGAAGGUUGGAAUUGAGUUCCAUAGUUAUAUAUAUGCUUAAUUGGUGUGCAUUUUGGCAUUUAGUUUUUCCCCUUUAUUUAUUUUUUGUGUAGAUUUUUUUUUAUUUUUUGGGGUGAUCCAAAACUUCCAAGUACAUAAACAUACUUCCUUUUGUACAAUUAUGUUUAACUAAUUAGAUGAAAUCUUUACUAUUUUGGCAUA